CAAGUGCAUUCAGUGCGAGGAAAAUUCUUCAGCGCCCAAAAAUAGAGUGAAAUGUGUGCUGCAUGUUGUUGUUGCUGCUGCUGCUGAGGGGCGGGGGGAGGGGCCACGGUUGAAACUAACCUACAUUUUCGCGCUCUUUCGCACGCUUUUGCGCACACACACACGCGGGCAGGGAGGGCACUCGGCUGUCUCGCUCGCACUCACUAUUUGGACAGCGAAAGAAAUCAACAGUAAAUUGUAAUAACACUUCUCAGUCCGCUGGUGUGUGUUUGUGUGUGUGUGUCGAACAAUGUGCGUGCCCGAAGUUUUUGCUUUGCGUUGUUUCUGUUUCUGUUUUUGUUGCUGGUGCCGUUGGCCCACCCCCAUUCCACCCACAUUGUUGCACAGUUGCGACUAAAUAAAAAUGUAAUUAAUGUAAAAUAAAAUCAAAUAAAACAGCAGCUUGAACAGAAGCAGCAACAACAGGAUCGGGAAUAGAGUAGGUGUGCCAGUGUUGAGAAGUGGAAGUGUAAGAGUGGUUGGCGAAAGGAAAGUGAAGUGCAAUAGUGUGUGUGUGCGUGUGUUGCAGGCCCAAGAAAGUGAAAUACGAAAAUAGAAAUAGAAAUAGAAAUAGCCGUAGUGCAAGCACACAAGCGAUUACAUAAAGCCCUGCUAUCAUCCCGGAACAUCCACCAGCAAGGACAAGAACUGCAGCCAGCGGAGAGUAAACAACCUACGGCUAAUGUUUAAAGACGCAUCGCAAAAUGUAAAGCAAUAAUCAACACAACAAAGCCAAAGCCCACAAUAGAAGCAGAAGCCGAGGAGCGAGAAGGCGAGGCGGCGAGCCGAGGCGAUGCCAAAUGCCAUUAUUGGAAACUGUCAUAGUCGUAGGAUUUGCAUAGCAUAGCAAUAGCAAUUGUGAUAGCAAUAGGCACCAUGAGAGCCCCCAGCGUGAUAAGCACCACGACAACAGCAUUAGCAAUAGUAGGCACUACGCACAAAAUGGUUAACAAAGGGAACGGUGACAAUAUUCACGGUAAACUGAGCGAUCCGCUCGCCUGAAAAGUGAGACAGACAUAUGCAGACCAGUGUUCGAAAAUCGAGUGAGAAGCAAGCCAAGAGAGAGCAAGCCAUGCAGCUGCCCUAAGGACAUUAGCAAGGACGCAGACCAACAGAAACCAGAGGUAGCAGCAGCAGCAGCAGCAGCAGCAGUAACCAACCAAACGACGACAAUCAGUCAAGAUGAGUGAUGAUCAAACGGCGUCCAACGAUGAGAAAGCUGUCGCCAAGCACCAGGUCGUCGCGUACACGCAGAAGUCGCAGGUCAAGCACGAGAACCGGCACAUCCAGCUGGUGCGGGAGUACGGCUUCCACCCGCGCACCAAGGCCUCCGUGGAGGAUGGCGACGUACUGCCCCGCAAGUUCGAGCCCUUUCCGGAGCACAUGUACGGCAAGCCGCUGGAGGAGAUCGACACCUUCAUCUACGAGGAGACCUUUUGCGUGGUUUCAAAACGGUUCCGCAAGAACUACAUCCACCGCUUCACAGGAACCAAAAGCCUAUUCCUCUUCUACCCAUGGAGCCCAGCACGGCGCGUGUGCGUCUACAUUGCCACUAACCAGUUCUUCGACUACUGCGUCAUGGCCACCAUCCUGUUUAACUGCAUCUUUCUGGCCAUGACGGAAACCGUGGAGGAGGCGGAGUACAUCUUCCUGGCCAUAUACUCCAUCGAAAUGGUCAUCAAGAUCAUUGCUAAGGGAUUUCUGCUCAACAAGUACACGUAUCUGCGCAACCCGUGGAACUGGCUGGACUUUGUGGUGAUCACCAGCGGGUACGCCACUAUUGGCAUGGAGGUGGGUAACCUGGCGGGGCUGCGUACCUUUCGCGUGCUGCGCGCCCUCAAGACGGUGUCCAUUAUGCCCGGAUUGAAGACGAUCAUCAACGCGCUGCUGCACUCCUUCCGCCAGCUGGCGGAGGUCAUGACCCUGACCAUCUUCUGCCUCAUGGUCUUCGCCCUCUUCGCCCUGCAGGUCUAUAUGGGAGAGUUGCGCAAUAAGUGCGUGCGCCAGGUGCCCACCGACUGGACAAACGUCUCGCACGCAGACUGGCAGAUCUGGGUCAACGACACCGACAACUGGCUGUAUGACGAGGAUGAGCUGCCCGUGUUGUGCGGCAACUUGACCGGUGCCCGCCACUGCCCCUUCGAGUACGUGUGCCUCUGCGUGGGCGAGAACCCGAAUCACGGCUACACCAACUUUGACAAUUUUAUGUGGUCCAUGCUGACGACGUUUCAGCUGAUCACACUUGACUACUGGGAGAACGUCUACAAUAUGGUACUGGCUACGUGUGGCCCCAUGAGCGUAUCAUUCUUCACAGUGGUAGUGUUCUUUGGUUCAUUCUACCUGAUCAACCUGAUGCUGGCUGUUGUGGCUCUUAGUUACGAAGAGGAGGCAGAGAUUACAAACGAGGAACGAAAAAAAGACCUUCUUGACCAUCGAGACGACUCCACGUUCAGCUUCGAUCCCUCCGUGCUGAACGUAAAGAAACUAAACAAGAACAACAAAAAGAAAAUCGACUCCCGAAAGGGCGUGCUACUGGCCUCGUACAGCAAGAAAAAGACGCGGCGAAAAAAAGCCAAGGGAGGAAAGGAGGGCGGCACCAAUGGCAACGGGAGCGGCAGCAACGGGAACGACCCUAAAUCCCCCUCAGCCACGCCCAGUCCGCGCCCAAGUCCCCGCCACAGUGCCACAGAACGGCCAUCGGCGCUCACUCUGCAGGCCCAGAAACAGUACCAGCAGAUGGAGAAGGAGCACCAGCUGGCCAAGACGACUGGUGGCGACACCAAUACUGCCGCCACGGCCACGCCUAAGGCGCGCAUCAGCUUUCAGGACAGCGGCGUGGGCGUGAAAAACCCGAACAUGCUGUACCCCUCGGACUACAAGGGUCAGCUUAUCGCCAGCAGCCGACAAGCGAGCUCAAACUCCAGUGGUGUGAACCGCGAGUCCUCGCAGGACGACUCCGGUGUAGUGGACGAUCACGAGGAGCAGGAUGCGACAAACGAGCUGGGGCACGUAUCUACCGUGGAGUUGGCACUUUCUCCUCGCGAGGUGCGGCUCAUUAAGUGCAACGGGAACAUAGCCCGCAUAAGGAACCACAAUGUGUAUGCCCUGCACCAAGAAUUCUCCUCGGAGGUGGUGGUAAUCGACGAUUUGCCUGAUCGGAACUGCGAUAGAUGUGUUCAUUGGUGUACCGACUACGAGAGCUGGCUUCAGUUCCAAAACUGCCUUUAUAAAGUUGUGCGGGAUCCUCUCUUUGAGCUGGCUAUCACUCUGUGCAUCGUCUUAAACACCGCAUUCUUGGCCAUGGAACACCAUGGCAUGAGCGAGAGUUUUCGCAACGCCUUAGAUGUGGGAAACAAAGUAUUUACGUCCAUUUUCACGUUUGAGUGCAUUGUGAAGUUGAUGGCGCUAUCCAAAGACUUUUUUCUGUGCGGCUGGAACAUUUUUGAUCUGCUCAUCGUCACGGCCAGUUUAUUAGACAUCAUCUUUGAGCUGGUCGAUGGUUUGAGUGUCUUGCGUGGCUUGCGAUUGCUAAGGGUUUUAAAACUAGCCCAAUCGUGGACUACAAUGAAGGUGCUUCUCAGCAUUAUAAUCUCAACGAUCGGCGCCCUCGGCAACCUCACGCUAAUCUUGGUCAUCGUCAUCUACAUUUUCGCCGUCAUUGGCAUGCAAUUGUUUUCCAAAGACUAUACGCCCGAAAAGUUCGACCCCGAUCCAGUUCCAAGAUGGAAUUUCAAUGACUUCUUUCACUCGUUCAUGAUGAUCUUCCGCAUUCUGUGCGGUGAAUGGAUCGAGCCCCUCUGGGAUUGUAUGCGUGCCGAGGAGGAGCAAGGAGCCUCCACCUGCUUUGCCAUAUUUCUGCCGACGUUGGUCAUGGGAAAUUUCAUGGUGCUUAACUUGUUUUUGGCCUUGUUGCUCAACAGUUUCAACUCUGAGGAACUCAAAUCGAAGAAAGAGGAAGUGGGCGAGGAGUCAAAGUUGGCGAGGAGCAUCGAACGCGUGCGCGACCUAAUUCGUAAGAAGCGACAGGAGCGCAAGGAUCGCAAGGAGCGUAAGUUUGCGGAAAAGUUCCAGCAGAUCGUACUGGACGCUCAGCAGGCGCAUGCUCAGGCUCACCCCCAGCAGACUGCCGUGAGUCUGGAGCGGGGCGAGAAACCGGGUGUGCUGGCAGAGACCAAGUUCCACAGACUGAGCUAUCAGGAAUCAAUGAAUCGGCCAGUCUCCGGUUCAGACUUCGGAUUCCAGAUCCCCCUGCACGACGGCUUGCACACCAUUGUCGAUGGUCUCGAGUAUGACGACACGGGAGACUUGCCAGAGCAGAUUCAGCUGCAGGCGCAUCCACUGCCACCCACGUCUGACUCGCUGCCACCCACCUACGAGAGCGCCAUGAUGGCUGCCGCGGCGGCUGCCAAUGGAAAUGGGAACGGAAACGGGAACGGUCAAAAUCUGACCCCUUUCGUCCACGCAGAACGCCGGCUGCAGCACCAAAUCUCGUCGGGAGUGAGCACCCAGCAAAACGACUCUCGGGACGAGGCGACCUACACAGAGUCCAUCGAGCUGCGCCUGCUGGGCCAAUACAACUCCACGGACACGGAUCCGUAUGCGAACGACCAGCGGAGCGGCUGUGGCUCCUUUAACCGCGGCGACUCGCUGCAAGAUAACUCCUCGCGGCGCUACGGAAGCGAAGAGCACGACGAGGCCUACCUCAAGUACCAGAAGUCCCUGCUGACUCGAUCGCCGAGCUACCGCAAGUCGCUGGACCGUCUUUCGCAGUCUAGCGGGCAAUCGCAACGGUCGUUGCUCAAGUCGGAGGAGGCCGAGAUGCGGCGAAAUUCGAGCGGCCAGUCGCUGAACUCCAUAUCGAUCGAGCAGGACGAGCUGCUCUCGCAGCAGGGCAAUCUGCGGGAAGAGCUGCUCAAUUGCGACCAAAAGGAGCUCUUUCAGUUCCUGCAGGAAGAGGACGAAAUUCAGAAGGGGACCAACCUGAGCUGUAUAUCGAACGCCAUUAGGUCGCGCCGCCCCUCCAGUCAAAUGGGACAGCCAGAUAGCGAAGCACUGGUUGAGCACUCUGAGUUUGACAACAUCAUUCAGAGUUUCGAGAAGGAGCUGGAGGAGAUCAAGCGCUCAACGACGUCAUUGGAACGCAAGCUGUCUAACCUCUCAGAGCCCUCGCCGGCAGCCGACGAGGCCACAAAGGCCAUCAUGGAGCACAUUGCCAUCAUCACGGGUGCCUCAGAGCGCUCGGCCGCCGACGAGGUGGUGCACCCGUUGAAUCCCUACGACAGCUACGACUUGUCAACCGUGCCACGGCGUUCGCAGUCUGUCAGCGCAGCAGCUCAGCGCCAGUCCGUGAAACUGAAGCGGCGCAGCCUGGAGAAGCAGCGCAAAAUCGACGAGGACUUCAGCAUCUCCAACGAGAUACGCAAAAUCUGUGAUCAAAUUCACGCCCCUUUCGUGGCCAUGGAAGCCAUGGCCGUGGCCGCCACCAGCGCCAGCCAGACGACCCAGUCGAAUCAGUCGCCCUUCCUCCGACGCAAAAUCGAUCCCUUCACGGUGCAGUUUGAUCGCUUCAAGCGCCUUUCCCUAAUCGAGCGCGUGGAGGAAUUACCCGAGGAGGAAAAGCCCAUAUCGACACUGCGCAUCGAGUCGGAGAAAAUGCCGCGCAAGUUUCUCCACGGUCACGACCAGCUGCGCCUGGACAGCCUCUCACUGAAAAGCACGAACUCGUAUGAAAACCUUUUGAUCCAGAAGCAGAAGCUGGGGAUGGCCACGCCUCCCGCCGUUCCCGCCACGCCGCCCACCUCCUUAAAAUCGAGCAUAGAGCCACCGACACUGGCGCAAAUUUCAUCGCUAAAGACCACCCCGCCGCUGGCUGCUCUGACUGAGCACCAGCAGCACUUUCAUGCCACGAGCAUCCAAGCAGCACCCACUCACGGCCACGCCCACGCCCAUGCCCAUGCCCACUCCCACUCGCAGGCACACGCGCAUGCAGGGGCUGGGCCGCGGCGACGCCCGGAGCAUCCACAAUCGACGCUAGACAAAGCCGCAUCCUUCCAGUCCGCGCGCACCGAGUCGCACAGCUCGGGAGCGGCCGACACGAGCUCGGCCUUGGCCCUGGCCAUGGCCCAGAAGACUGAGCAGUCGCAGUCGGCGGCGCCAGAGGCCACGCAGAAGCCGUCGGCAUUCACGCGACUGACCGAAAAACCAUGGCAUUGUUUGGUUUCCUACGUAGACGAUCUCACUGUCGGUGGGAGACGUAACUCGCAGGGAGCUUACAAUGAUCCCAUGACUUUUCCGAGCUACGGGGCCAACAAGGCACCCAAGGUGCCCGACGACUGCUUUCCGCAGAAGUGCUACGAUCACUUCUAUUUCCGCUGUCCCUGGUUUAUGAGCUGCAUGGACACGCAAAGCGCCAAGCACUGGACGCGAGUGAGGACGGCUGUCUUGACGGUUGUCGAUACUCCGGCCUUUGAGUGGUUUGUGUUGGUGCUGAUCUUUGCGUCGAGUAUCACGCUCUGCUUCGAGGACAUCAACCUGGACAAGAACAAGACGCUGAAGCGCGUGCUCUACUGGAUCAACUUCUCCUUCUGUCUGAUUUUCGUCGUGGAGAUGGUACUCAAGUGGCUGGCCCUGGGCUUCUCCAAAUACUUCACCAGCUUCUGGACCAUUCUCGACUUUAUUAUAGUGUUUGUAUCCGUUUUCUCGCUGCUCAUUGAGGAAAAUGAGAACCUUAAGGUGCUGCGCUCGCUACGCACCUUGCGAGCAUUGCGCCCGCUGAGAGCCAUCUCUCGGUGGCAAGGAAUGCGGAUUGUAGUAAACGCUCUCAUGUAUGCAAUACCAUCAAUUUUCAAUGUGCUUUUGGUUUGUUUAGUUUUUUGGUUGAUCUUCUCAAUAAUGGGUGUUCAGUUCUUUGGUGGUAAAUUUUUCAAGUGCGUUAAUGAGAUGGGCGAGCUACUGCCGAUUACUGAGGUGAACGACAAGUGGGACUGCAUCGAGCAGAACUACACGUGGAUCAACUCCAAGAUCACGUUCGACCACGUGGGAAUGGGCUAUCUGGCCCUGCUUCAAGUGGCCACCUUUGAGGGCUGGAUGGAGGUGAUGGCCGAUGCCGUGGACGCCCGCGGAGUGGACUUGCAGCCGCAGCGAGAAGCGAACCUAUAUGCGUAUAUUUAUUUUGUUAUAUUUAUUGUGUGCGGGUCGUUCUUCACACUCAAUCUGUUCAUUGGAGUUAUCAUUGAUAACUUCAACAUGCUCAAGAAAAAGUAUGAAGGAGGAGUGUUGGAAAUGUUUCUCACCGAAUCUCAAAAACACUAUUACACGGCUAUGAAAAAAUUGGGACGAAAGAAACCACAGAAAGUUAUUAAGCGACCUAUAAAUCAUUUUUUAGCUAUGUUUUAUGAUUUAUCCAAUUCGAGAAGGUUCGAGAUCGCGAUCUUUGUACUGAUUUUUCUCAACAUGCUUACCAUGGGCAUCGAGCACUACGAUCAGCCGCACGCGGUCUUCUUCAUCCUGGAAGUGAGCAACGCCUUCUUCACCACGGUCUUUGGCCUCGAAGCAAUUGUGAAGAUUGUGGGCCUGCGUUACCACUACUUCACGGUGCCGUGGAAUGUGUUCGAUUUUCUGCUGGUGCUGGCCUCCAUAUUUGGAAUUCUGAUGGAGGACAUCAUGAUCGACCUGCCCAUCAGUCCGACGCUGCUCCGCGUGGUCCGAGUCUUCCGCAUCGGACGCAUCCUGCGCCUGAUCAAGGCCGCCAAGGGAAUCAGGAAGCUGCUGUUCGCACUGGUGGUGUCGCUGCCCGCCCUCUUCAACAUCGGAGCCCUGUUGGGUCUGAUCACCUUUAUCUACGCGAUCCUGGGCAUGUCGCUGUUCGGAAACGUGAAGCUCCAGGGUGCCCUCGACGACAUGGUGAACUUCCAGACCUUCGGGCGCAGCAUGCAGCUGCUGUUCCGGCUGAUGACCUCCGCCGGAUGGAACGACGUGCUGGAGUCGCUGAUGAUACAGCCACCCGACUGCGACCCGUUUAUCCAUGGGCAGACGAACGGCAACUGCGGGCACCCCUUGCUGGCCAUCACCUACUUUACGAGCUUCAUCAUCAUCAGCUACAUGAUCGUGAUCAACAUGUACAUUGCCAUCAUCCUGGAAAACUUCAACCAGGCGCACCAGGAGGAGGAGAUCGGCAUUGUCGAGGACGAUCUGGAAAUGUUCUACAUUCGCUGGUCCAAAUAUGAUCCACAUGCCACCCAAUUUAUACACUUCUCGCAACUGUCCGAUUUUAUUGCCUCUCUCGAUCCACCAUUGGGCAUCUCGAAGCCCAAUAAUGUCGCUUUAGUGUCAUUUAAUCUGCCCAUCUCUAAGGGCAAUAAAAUACACUGUCUCGACAUUUUGCACGCGCUCGUGAAGCACGUGCUAGGUCAUGUCGAGGAGACCGAUAACUUCAAACAGUUGCAGGAACAAAUGGAUGUCAAGUUCAAGAAACAGUUUCCAACGCGCAAAGAAUUGGAAAUUGUUUCGUCGACGCGGAUCUGGAAGCGCCAGGAAAAGGCGGCCAAGACCAUUCAGACGGGCUGGAAGGAGUAUUUGCGGCGCAAGCGGGAGAAGGAGCGCUCCAACUCCGGGGACAGCGCUACCCAAACCUCCAGCCCAGGCGGAUGGCAGUCCAAGCUCUCGGCGUUGAACUUCUUCCACCUCCAGGUGAGCCGUCGGGGAACCGCCUGUUCCAGUCGGGCCUCGUCCCGGAAAUCCUCGCGUGCCUCCGAUGCCUCCGACCUCAGCGAGCUGGCCGGGCCCUGGCUUAACCUGCCGCUGAUGCUCGUCUCGGGGGCCGACGACGUGGUCAAGGACAUCAAGCAGCAGAGCGACGAGAUGGGCAAACGCGGUAGCAUAUUUGUGGAAGCGCCUAGAGCAAGUCGUCGCCGAAGCUUUUAUAAUUUCUUUUUGCGUCAUCAGGAUGCUGUCGAUGACAGCUUAACCUCACCUUCAGUACAUAGAAAAACAGCAGCUAUGAACAACACGACCACCACCACCUCAACCUCCGCCUCCACCUCUGGCACGACCUCCUCCACCGCCACCUCCUCAGCCACUGGGUGUGGCCCGGCAGCCACCUCCGCCUCCGACGGCGACCGACACCAGGCGGUGGGGGGUGGGUCGGCUCCCUCACGUAAGCGCGCCUCUAGUUUCAUCCGCAAGAAACCGCCCCUAGAAAGAGGUUUGUCAGCACAAAGCGCUUUAAGAGUAAACAAGAACGCUUUUGUCUCCGAGGCGCCCGCCCCCGAGGUGAUCGUCACCCGGCCCUCGCCGGACCAGCAGCCGCACCCGCACUCGCUCAGCCUGCGGCCGGACAACGCCACCCUGGUCCACGUGCUGGUGCACCGCGAGAGCGAGGAGUACAAGGAGGAGGACGAAAGCGGCACAUCCUCACCCGGAAACGGAAAUGGCAGCGCCAGUGGCAGUGGCAUUGGCCUGGAGAGGCUGGCCAAGCAGGCGCCGCCUCAGAUUCGCAUCAGCACGGGCUCCGUGGAGAGCCCCAUGGACACGUGCGCGAUGCCCACGGUGCAGAUAAUGGUGGACAGCCCCAAGGAGCCGCCACGUGGCGACUUCAGCGCCGAGUUCGCCGCCCGCGCUGUGCCGGCCGUCGAGGACGUGGAUGCGCCCAUCGACGUGAAUGUGCAGGGCGACACUUCGCAGGUGUUCUACGACUACAAUCCCGACGAGGGCUCCAUUUGCGACCCGCUGGACGAGGAGCAGCAGAAGAGUGCGCAGGACGAGGCACUUCCGGUCAGGCAGAGAUGACCUCCGGUCAGCACUCCGCAGCAGGACUCGGAGCAGCGCUCCAGCAGUGGCAGUGGCAGCGGUUGCAGCAGCAGCAGCAGCACAAGCAGCGCCAGGAGCAGCUCGUCCUCCUCGUCGUCGGCGGCGUCGGCAGCCGCUCCUCCGGCGCAGCGUCCAAGUUGACAACAUCCAGUCUGAGUGCGUAUUCGAUGCCGUUUCCUGUGUGCAUUUGUGUCAGAACUCGUAGUUUCUUAGGCUUAGGAUUAGGCUUAGGCACGGGGCUCGCCUCUUUGUUAUCAUAGUCGAUUACCUAUAUAAUUAUAUACUAGUCGCUUUAUACGAUAUACAGAUAUACACAUAUACAGAUACGGAGCUAUCCAAAUUUAUACAUACAGUAUCAGCCUAAGGAGGAAAUCAAUAUUAACUAUGUUAACAAGAACGUGCAUUAAACCGUUGUAGUACUCGAAUCAAAUCAAAAAUCCGAGUGAGUCGGAAUCGGAAUCGCCAUCAUUAUGGUUAUCGUCACAAUCAGAAUUGGGAAAGAGGAGAUCUGUCGGUAGUUUACUGCCCGAUUUAGUCUUAGUCAGAUGGGUCGACCCACAAAGGAAAGAGCUAACGAAGGGUGUUGUAAUAGCACUUUUCCUUUCGUGGGCCGGCUUUCUUGAAAAUUUCGAAGGUUGUUUUUGAACUAUACAAUACACAGAGAUUGGCAUUACAUGCAGACAUUACACGUGUAACUAACUAUCGCGGUUAGACCUAGGCUCAUUACUGUAGUGUUUGUUUUCUCAAUAACCGACCUGCGUACACGGAGGUGUAGGCAAGUAGUAUCUAAAUACAUUUUGUACAUAUGCCAAAGGAAGUAUUUUAAACUAAAGAGCUAUUACUAUAGUUACAGACAUAUGACAUUAGUUAGAGAAAAUUUAUUGAAAUAUUUAUGAAGGUUUUUCGUUACGAUAGCGCAUUAAAUUGCCGAUUACCCAUACGAUUACGCUAGCGAAUAUUAUCCAUACCCGAUCGUUCGAAGUACAAAAGCGAAGUAUUAGUAGAUUCGAAUAUCAUUAUAUUGUAUUAUUGUAUUGUACAUAUCUUACGGCCCUCCCCGAUCCCGCGCCCUUUCUCUUCUACAUUCAACGUUAAAAGAACUAAGCCAAAAAGCAUGUGAGGUGAUUUUGUACUCAACACACUCACUUAUUCAAAUCGAACCUAGUCCCAGUCGGGAUCUACACUGCACUAUAAAUGAAAGCGUUACGAAACGAAUCCAAGCAAACACUAAUCAAUCAGCAAUCCUACCUAAGUACCAACGAGAGUGACUCUUACCAUUGUGUCGCGUUUAGUUAGUUUUCCAAUUAGUGUCUCUGAAACAGCAAAUCAAAAGCAAGAUGCAACCAGUGUGGUCUCCAGUGCAAAGAGCAACCAACAAGCUUCCACAAGAACUCUAUUUUAGCAAACUAAUUUGCCAUUUACACUCGACUUCUUUGUACGACUCUUUGAUAAUGGUUAGGUCGGGCCAAGUUUCCAAGAAACUCGCCUUGUUUUGUUACUUUUUAAGUGUUGUUCUCUCUCUUAAGUCUCCAUUGUGAUCGCAUUAAGUUUAAACAUCGAACGGGAACAGAAACAGGAAGAGGAGUUAAUAUGUGCACAUUAUAUACUCCAAACGGAGAGAAUAGGAACAAAUACCGAGUUACUUCUGCACAUCCGCGCCAUCCAGGGCACUCCACUCGAGUUAGGUCGAGUCAACGCUACUCUUGCUCCACUUUCAUAACUUAACAACAGACAAUCAGACAGCGAUUGAUAGUAAAUUGAAAUUCUAUGGUACCAACUAAAUCGUUUUCUCCAGGAACAAACCAAACAACCAAAUAAACGUACACACAAAAACUUAAUUGUGAUUUUAACUGCAAUUUUUACACGAAAAAUAAAACAACUAAGGUCAUAAUUUUUAAUUAGAAUUGUUAACAAAGGAAACAAAACCAACAACAGACCGAAACCAAACACUCGUCAAUUAAGUGAUAUUUAAUAUUGGUACGUACUCGUAUUCGAUUGUACAUAAACGAAAAACGAUUAUGAUAAUGAUAACGAAAUAGCAAUAGAACCUAAUCCAACCACAAAAAACAAACAGAAAACCAAACAAAAAAUUUGCUUGAAAAAAAGAGAGAAAGCUUUAAAUUUAGUUAUCUUCAGCAAAAGCGAUUGAAAAGAUAUUACGAUUAGUGGCGAGCCUAGACGAGUAGGAGCGAAGCAACUGAUGAGGGAUGUUUAAUUUAGUCAUAGAGUAUAACGACAAUAAAACGAACGAGGCAUACUCAAAUAUAUAGGCGCGUGUUCGAGGCGUCUUCGUUACCGAAUCCGAAACUCAAAUUAACAGCAGGCACCACACCAACCGGGGUAAUGACGAAAACCUAGCUCUUAGAUAUUAUUAUCGAAUAGAACGCGUAACUGCAUUAGAUGAAGCUUUGCUCCCAGUCAAGUCAAGUCAAGCCCAUAGCGAAACGAACCAAUCGGCAUCAGAAGGGAGGAGAACCGAACCGAACCGAGUCCUGUGCAUUUAAAGUUCGCGGCCCCGCAGGCAGGACAUCAGGCAGGACAUCACGACCCCAAAAAGGAGAAGGAGCGAGAGGUGGAUGCAGGCAGGCGGUGCACGAAUAAGUACACAAAUAUACCUAUAGUUAGCAAUACGGCUGGUUUGAUUAGACAUGCCUUACAGAAUACACGAUUUUAUUUAUAUAUACGUAUUUAUUGUUGAGAUUAAAGUAUAUACGAACGGUAGGAGUUAGCGUUUCAUCGGCCACGCUACCAGCAGCAGAAUAAGACGAAUAUACAACUUAAACCAAGAGCUAAACAGAAACCGAAUCAGAAUCAGAAUCAGAAACCAAAUCAGAAUCAGAAUCAGAAGUAGUAGGAAGUUCAACGCGUUCCGAGAACUAAGUCAAUUAUUUUGGUUUGCCGCUUUUAAGGUCCUAGUCCUAGUCCUAGUCCUAGUCCUAGCCCUGUAACAAAGACAAGAGCAAGAGCAACUAGAGCGAUAUUAAGUCGAGUAACUAAACUACAGUUAAUAGCAAUUCAAAUUCUAGCUUAGCUUAGCCAUUGCUUGCGCUUGAAUCCAACAACUCUGACACUUCGACACUCUGUCGUAAUUUACACGCUCCAACGGAUCAAAUCAAAAUUCUGGCCCGCACUCCGCCGCAAGCUUAGUUUCCGUUGCUGUCGGAAGCCGUUCGAAACAAUAAUUAGGCUGAAUGGUAAAAAUGGUUAACAAAUUAUAGCCGCAUAGUUCGCAUAAGUUUCCACUCGGAUUUCCAUUGCCGUUGAUUGCCUCGUUAGCCCGCUAGGUCCGUGAAAUUCGAUUUGGUCCGCUACGCUCAGUUCAGCUCUGACUCAAAUAGGAGAUUUUUAUAGGCGAGCGAGUCGCCGAGUAUAAACGUUAAGGAUCCAUUAACCAUAAUAUGUGGCUAACACACAUUUUGAACCGAAUCAUAUCAAAUCAAAACCAAACAAAAACCAAAAACAAAAAACCAAUACAAAGAAAUCCAAGUAAAGGGAAUAACUAAAUGAACUCUCUAAGAAGCGUAAAUCUAACAUUUGAAAUUAAAUAUUUACUCGGGUACAAAUGGUACAGUAAAGAUAUUCGUUUAUACAAUAUUUACUGUCUAUAUAACCAUUAUAUACUACUUACUUACUGACAAUUAUUAAGGGUUUUGUUCAAUUUCAUUACUCGUAUGUUAAUAAAAACAAUUUCCGACUAA